UGUAAGUCGAUUGGUCUAACAAAAUCUUCUUAGGGACCUAGGCUGCUAGGUUAGGUACCUGGGUACCUGCUAUAUACGUAAGCAGCAUGGCAAUUAUGUACAAGCGCUAUGCACAGACCAUUUAAAGGUUUUAAAUUAAAACCAGUCGUCGUUGCCCCUCCUACUCUGUCAUCGAAAGACCCCUGUUUUUUUUUUCUGUGGAUGCGGGCGUGCAUAUUACAUAUCGCUGAAAUUUUGUCAUCUUGCUUCUUCUAAAAUUUCUCUUCACAGCCUUGCCGACCCGCGUCAAAUUAGGUCGCGAUUUCACCAUAAAACAGCACUAGGACCAGUAUGCCGGAGUACUGCAUAAUAGAAUCUACGGUGGUUCGGACUUGGCAUUCGAUAGCAGACUUUAAAAAUAUCUAAAAAUCUGUAAAACAAACCUCCAUGUCACUCGUUAUGACCAGUGCCACCCCGCAGCAGCUUGCUCGGCCAGCCGCGAAGGCUACUACUCCGCUUAAGCCAAUAUUGAAGCCCUCUUCAUCAUUACUCAACACUAAGAGAACUAGCGAUGACGCUGGCCUCGACGGUGAUAGCAUGGAACCCCCUGAGAGUCCCCGAAAACGCCAGAGAGUAGAGUUCGAUCUAAAUAAUAUCGAGAUUCACGAGAUUGGAAUACGGUCAGUAGACGAAGUAAAACAGGAGGUUAGAAAGGCCUUAGAUCGUCAUGAUCAAGGGGACGACGAGGACUACGAUAUAUUAAAAGAGACGCUAUCUGGGAAACAGUCAACAGCAUACGAUGACGACGAAGAUGAGGAUGCGGAUCCUACUUUACCGGCAAAGCGACGUCAAGAACUUAAGGUCUACUUGAUCUCACUUGCGAGUUUCUCUCCCCGCCUAGGGAGAUCAUGCGACGGUCUUGUUAAAAGCGUAUUAAAAUGCCAAUGGCUUGGGCGGGACGAGCAGUUUGCGAAAAUCUAUGUCCAGUUCCUCGCGGCUCUCGUCAGUGCUCAAGGCGCUCGUUUAACACAAGUUUUAUCAUCCAUCGUUGAUAGAUUUACCGACUCUCGACCCUCUGACUGGGCGGUCCCUGCCUACCCGAACGUCGACCGUGAGACCGUACAAGAAAGACUCCACAUUGCGCUCCGAUACUUGAUACAAUUAUUCCCCGCCGCCAAGCCCGUCCUGGAGCAUCUCACAGCUACUAAGUACCCCUUCCAUGACGAGUCAAAGCGGAUGCAUUUGGUAUAUGUCGACAAUCUGUUGAGACUACGGUCAUACUGCCCUGACCUGAAGACUGAAAUCAUGGACUUGAUUAUCAGUCGCCUAGUCAAAAUCGAUGUGGAAAUGCAAAUGGACCUGGAUGAUAUGGACGAUAGGCUUACCACAAUGGUGGCCAUGGCUCUCCGUUCUUCUCGAGAGAACAGAAAUCAGGACGAAGAAGAUGACGACGAGAGCGAUGCCGAGUCCGUAGACAGCGACGAAUCAGAAGAUGACGAGUAUACGCGCGUGAAAACAGCAAAGGAGAACAUCGAGAAGAUGGAUUCCGUUCUUGAUACCCUAUUCGAGCUUUAUACGCCCAGCUUCACUAAUCCGGACUCGGAUGAAGCUCUAGAGGCAUUCGAGGAUCUACUAUCUGAAUUCUCGAGCAUCAUCUUACCUACAAUCAAGUCAAGACAUACUCAGUUCCUAAUCUUCCAUUUUGGCCAGAAAUCAGAGAGGCUGAUGGACGCAUUCUGCGGCACAUGCAUCAACAUCGCUUUCGAAUCUCAACGUCCAAUGAUCCUACAGCAGGCGGCGUCCGCCUAUUUAGCGAGCUUCGUCGCUCGUGGGGCACAUGUUCCAGGUCAUAUUGUCGUUAAGAUCUUUGAGGUUCUGGGUUUCCACUUAGACCAGAUGCGAGCUCUCUACGAGGUAUCAUGCCGCGGGCCCGACGUCCGUCGAUACGCGCCGUUCUACGCGCUAGUACAGGCGUUGAUGUAUGUUUUCUGCUUCCGAUGGCCGGACCUCGUCAAGUCGGUGCCUGAUGAAGUCGAUACGGAUGACCUUUCAUCGUAUCUAGGCCAGGAGAUCGAAUGGGAGCCGGAGAUUAAAGAUAUCAUGCGUCGUAAUAUCCAUUCGAAGCUAAAUCCACUCAAAGUCUGCUCGCCAGCGAUCGUGGAACAAUUCGCAAAGCUAGCCCAUCGAUUUGGAUUCAUGUAUGUGUACCCAACCAUCGAGUCGAAUAAGCGACUUCGUCUAUCACAGUUCUCGGCCGGAGCAUACUCUAGCGGGGGCGCCCUGCGCGACUUGUCAUUCGAUAUGAAUGAUGAGAGUUGGCAGCAACUAGGGUCCUUCUUCCCGUUCGACCCAUACCAACUCCCAGUAAGUAAGCGAUGGGUUGAACAGGAUUACCUCCAAUGGCGGCCUAUACCCGGCCUCGACCGAGACGAGAAGGACGAGGACAGUGAUGAGGAGGAUCGUGAGGAUGAGCAGGAAGAGGUUGAAGAAGAUACCGCCACAGAUGAAGAGGCUGGCGAGGACGAGUAGUUAUCUGCUUGAUGUAGAUUCUACGACAUGCAUUCAUUCAAUCGGCGUUAGUGCUUGGGUAGGGAAGGGAAGGGCUGGACAAAAAAGGAAUGAUACCUGUAUUUAGGGAUGGCGCUCUCGGUCAGAACUGGCCGUAAUGAUUUGAUACAUGUUUUGUUUCUAGGAUGCUGGGCGUUUUACCUUUACCUUUGUAGUUUAUCACGCUUUUUACGUCUAAAGUUAGAUAUCUUGGACUCUUGACCUGCUUAUCCGCUUUAUAGUAGAGUACCUUAUACUACGUGUACUCGCCGCAAAUCUUUUAUUUCGGCAUGAGUUCCGUAAUAACUCGGGAUUCUACUUCGCACCGUCACAAAAGUAAAAUGGAAUCAAUUAAGCUUGAGGUUAUAAAUCA